CAAUUUAGCGUUGGUCCCUCACGGUAGGAACCGGUGUAGAUACAAUCUUGUCGUCGUUUCGCAGUUGCAGUGCACACCAACGAAAAGGUUAACUAACCAUGCAGCUGCUGCUUCUUGCAAUACUAUUUGUACUCGUGUCAACCUCUGAAGGAAAGACCUGCAACGGCAACGGUUACAGGACAGACUGCGGACACUACGGCAUACAGCAAUAUGAUUGUGAGCAAUUGGACUGUUGCUGGAGUCCAAAGGACCAUAUACCGUGGUGUUUUCAUCAGAAUCCUGACACCGUGUAUCGCGUAAAAACCUUGAUUAAAACUGGACUAGGAUACGAGUUGACACUGGAAAUGACUGAUACCCAAAUUCCCUCUGCACUCCCUCUCCUUGAUGUGAGCAUUACAUUUGAGACAGAAGACCGACUUCAUGUAAAGAUUUCUGACCCUGAAAACAAACGAUGGCAAGUCCCUAAAGAGGUAAGUCCAUACCCUGAUCCUCCAUCUGAAGCUCCCACCAACACUCAGUAUGAAGUAACUAUCGCAGACGAGGGAGAAGAAUUCUGGUUUGCCGUUGAGAGGACAGUCAAUGGCGAGAGCCUUUUCAACUCAAGCGCUAGCAGCGGAGUAGAAUUCUUGACAUAUCACGAUCAGUACUUGGAGAUUGGUACCGACCUACCAUCAAACCCUACCAUCUAUGGUCUGGGUGAGCAUGUUAGUUCACUUCGACUGCGAACAGGGCAGACCUACACCUUGUGGAACUUUGAUGCACCUAACCCAGUCGACGUCAAUCUAUAUAGCUCUCAUCCUUUCUAUCUUGAUCUUCGAGACGGUUUGGCUCACGGUGUUUAUCUUCGCAACAGCAAUGGUAUGGACGUGACACUGAACGAGCAAUCGCUCUCAUACAAAGUCAUCGGAGGAAUUCUGGAUUUUUAUUUCUUUCUGGGACCUGAACCUGAGACUGUCAUACAACAAUAUCACGAUGUCAUAGGCCGCCCUCACCUUCCACCAUAUUGGGCACUUGGUUUUCACCAAAGUCGAUAUGGUUACCCCAACAUCCAAGCAUUAAAGGAUGUUGUUGCUGAUUACCAUGAGCACAAGUUGCCACUGGAUACCAUAUGGAGUGAUAUCGACUAUAUGGAUGAGUACAAAGACUUCACGGUCGAUCCAACAAACUACCCUGAAGGCGAAUUGAAGGCAUUCGUUGAUCAGUUACACACCGACGGUCAACAAUAUGUUGUCGUCAUUGAUCCUGGCAUUAAAAACGAGGAAUCGUACAAACCGUAUGAUGAUGGAGUGAAGGCCGGAGUUUUUAUCAAGGACAAGGAUGACAAAUUCUUUGUCGGCAAAGUGUGGCCAGGUCACACUGUGUUUCCCGAUUUCUUCCAUCCAGAUGCCGAUCAGUACUGGCAUGAUCAGAUUGCCAGUUUCUUAGAUAUUGUCCCCGUCGAUGGCCUGUGGAUUAACAUGAACGAAAUAAGCAACUUUUGCGACGGUGAGUGCUCAGGUGGUGGCAAGAAAUUCAACACGACUGAUGACAAAAGGAUUGAAGAAUUUGUAUACAAAGAUGAGAAGGACGUGGGGUUUAACCCGAACAGUCCUCCGUUUGCUAUAAAUAACAAGGGCUCACGUGCACCUCUCAAUGUAAAAACACUAGAUAUGGAUGCUCUGCACUACGAUGGAGUUCUUGAGUAUAACGUGCACAAUCUCUACGGACUGAUGGAAAGCAUUUCAACCAAACUUGCCUUGGGAAAGCUCUCCAACAAAAGGCCAUUCGUACUCACUCGUUCAUCAUUCCCAGGUUCUGGGAAAUAUGCUGCCAAGUGGACUGGAAAUAACCACGCCACUUAUGACGAUCUCUACUACAGCAUUUCUGGAAUGUUAAGCCUCCAGAUGUUUGGUUUGCCUCUGUCUGGAUCAGACAUCUGUGGAUAUUUCGGAGACUCAAAUGCCGAGUUGUGCGCUCGAUGGAUGCAGCUUGGUGCAUUCUACCCAUUCUCUCGUAAUCAUAAUAACAAAGGAGCUACAAGUCAAGAACCUUAUGCAUUUGAUGAGCAAGUGACUGAUAUCAGCCGCCACGUUUUAAAUGCUCGAUAUAGUUUGCUGCCCUAUUACUAUACUCUAUUCCACUAUGCCAGUCGGCCCAUUUCUUCUACAAACUCGCCAGCGGCAACGGUCACUCGACCACUUUUCUUCGAAUUCCCUGAUGAUCCCAACACAUAUGACAUUGACAGGCAAUUUAUGGUUGGUAAUGGGCUACUCAUCAGCCCAGUGCUAACAGAAGGUGCUGUGACGGUGUCUGCUUACUUUCCAGAGGGCCGUUGGUAUGACUUCUUUACCAACAAAAGGGAAACUAAGUUUGGCGGUGAAAUGCGGACAUUGCAAGCACCACUGGAGAAGAUUCCGGUUCACGUUCGGGGAGGAGUCAUCAUCCCCAUGCAACAACCAUCUCUCACAACAUCAGAAGCUCGUAAAACUCCUUACCAGCUGUUGGUAGCACUCGAUCCUUGUGGUGUAGCACAAGGCUCACUCUACUUGGAUGAUGGCAUUUCUGUAGAUGUUUCCAGCUAUUCCCUUAUUACAUACGAUGCAAGUUCAAAUGAAGGUCAAACGAGUUUGACAUCCAAAGUGGAAGGCACUUAUGCUGAUGGGCCUGAUAUUCCACCACUCGACACAAUUGUUGUCCUUGGUGUGGCAACUGAGCCAAGCUCUGUUACAAUAAAUGAAAAAGAUGUGGACGCUUCUCAAAUUCAAUACGAUUCUGACAGCAGCUCAUUCACAUUGUCCAAGCUUCAACUGCCCAUGAAGGACAAGUUCACCAUCAUAUGGAGUGAAUAAAUGAUGGACAAGUUGUUGUCAUUACCUAUCAUAACUGUUUGCUUGUUGUGUAACACUGGCAUCAGUCUUUCACUGAGAUUGUGUAGCAAUUGCUGUAUUGUUCACUUAAGUGUGUGGUAAUGAGUGAUGAUGAUCUAUGUUGCAUUGA